AUGUCCAGACAGAGUGUUGACAAAGAGCUGCCCAGCAGCUCCUUCGUGGAGAAAGCUGUCUCAGGCGUGGACGCAGAUACCUUGGACGUCGGGCAACGAAUUCAAAGUCUUGCCGACUCAUGCCCACCCUUUUAUCACAACCGGAAUCUGCGCAUUCUGUAUCUCUUGAUGAUUCCAGGAUGCAUGAUUCCAGCAAUAACUCUCGGCUUUGACGGUGCUAUGAUGAACGGUUUGCAGGCAGUGCCAAGUUGGGACGAAUAUUUUGACAAGCCACGAGGGAGCCUUUUGGGUAUCAUGUCUGCCAUUCUGCCACUUGGCUGUGUUCUUACCACACCUUUCAUCUCGAUCGUUGGCGAUUGCUGGGGCCAAAGAACCGGUAUCUUCGUUGGCUCUGUCAUCAUGGCAGUUGGAGGAAUCAUACAGGGGACCUCAGUUCACAUUGCCAUGUUCAUGAUCUCCCGCUUCAUAAUCGGCAUCGGUAUCGUCUUUGCCAACACCUUCGCCCCGAUGCUCAUCGGUGAGCUAGCUCAUCCCAGGGAGCGCCAGGUUGUCACUUCGCUGUACCAAACCUCUUGGUAUAUUGGUGCCAUCAUCGCCGCCUGGACCACUUUGGGGACAUUCAGCAUACCCAACAAUUGGUCUUGGCGAAUCCCCUCUCUACUCCAAGCCGCCCCUGCUUUCUGUCAGAUAAUCGGGGUAUACUGCCUACCCGACUCCCCCCGUUGGCUGAUCGCCAAGGGUCGGACCGAGGAAGCAAAAGCUGUACUGAUCAAGUACCAUGCCAAUGGUGAUGCGGGAAGUGAGUACUACCUUGUCCGAGUCCUAGAGACCGUGGGGAUCACGGAGACUCGACAAAAGAAUACUAUCAAUGGCUGCCUGAUGAUCUUCAACUGGAUCACAUCUGUCAUCUCAGCCCUCCUUACUUCCCGCCUCAAGCGCCGCACCCAGUUUCUCAUUUCUGGCGCUGGUAUGCUGACUGUCUUCGCUGUCCAGACUCUCUGUGCCGCUCUGUUCAUUAAUUACGGUAAUGUGACAGCUGGACAUGUCGUAAUCGCCAUGCUCUUCUUGUUCUACUUUUUCUUCAACCUGGCCUUCAACGCACUUCUGUAUUCGUACCCCGUCGAAGUCCUUCCAUAUCCUAUCCGUGCGAAGGGAUUCUCUCUCCUCAUGUUCUUUGGAAAAGCCAGCAACUUUAUCAACAUCUUGGUCAACCCAAUUGGGUUGCAGGCCAUUGGCUGGAAGUUAUAUCUGGUCUACGUGGCCUGGCUGUGCAUCGAGGUUGUCAUUAUCUGGAAAUUCUUUGUUGAGACGAAGGGUCCUUCUCUUGAAGCCAUUGCUGUCCUCUUCGAUGGGGAGCCCGACAAGUCUGCGAGCAGAGAGAAAGAGUUGACGAAAAGAGAGAAAGGCGAGGACGAUUGA